AUGACGCUCAACAUCAACUCGGACCAGCUCUUGUCGUCCGCGAGAGAUCUCUUCUGGACGCAGCACUCGAAUCUGCCGGAGUCGAAACGCCAGCAGCUCUGGACUCAGCAGCUCAGCCAGUUCAUCUGUGGCCCGACCAUCUUGCUGGACUCCAACGCCAACACCACGACGACCACUGCCGCUCCCACGCUCUCUGCUUCUUCCUCUUCUCGUGCUGCUCUGGACAACUCCUCGAAAUCGGGCUUUUUGGGAAAGCGCUCUGGCGAAGACGUGCCGCGCUCGCUGCCUCCAGGAUCGCCCCCGACCAAACGACGAGCUACCACCCCAGAGACCCAUUCUCUGACCACCGCUGCGCCCGCCCGCUCUCAGGCGCGUCGCCAUUCCGGUCCCUCGGUCCGGAAGCCUGGGAUGGCCGCCCCUUCUCGACCAUCCUGGACCCCCUCCGGUGCCGCCCGUUCUUCACAGCAGCUGAUAGACGGAUCGGUGUUCCUGCGAGCACAGGCUGGUCCUUCGCCGCUUCAGCAAUCCUACACUCUCGCCUCGGCGGACUACUCGCAGAACGGUUUGGACGGUCUUGUAGCUUCUUCCUCUUCCCCCAACACCAACACAGCGACUUCUUCUGGCGUCUCCAGGAGUGCUACUAUCGGAAUGGACCUGGCGGCGACGGCGGAUGCUUUGGUCUUCGAUCCCCAACCCUCUCAAGGUCAAUUGACCACCGGUGGUGCCGAGUCCGUUCAGAUGACUCGGAGUCUGACUUCAGACUCGCUGUGCGGAGGAAUGGACUUGAUCACGUUCGAUUCGAACAGAUCGUUUCUUGAAAAUCUGGACUUCCCAGAUGAUCAGUUGUCAACAGAUUUCACUGCUCAGUCAUUUGCCUAUCACAAUGACGCCAAUUAUUCGCUCACCUCUUCUCCUAUUUCCCAUUUUGCUUCUCGUAACAUGAAUCAUGUUCAAUUUUCGCAGUCAUUGCCUGAAUCCGGGUCUGACUUCUUUCGUCCUGCUUGCGCUGAUCUUUUGAAUCGCUCUGCCUCUUCUGCCUCUUCCAAUUCUUCUGCUUCAUCUGCUGAGAUGAAGUAUUCUCUAUCGAGUCAGAGUGAUGACUCGGUAGCUUCAGCUGCUAAUCGAGCUCGGCGGAGGACUCGAGAGCAAGUUGUGCAAGGCACACAGAAGAUCGCCCCCAAGCCUGCCAAGACACAUCGGGCAAACAAUGUCCCCGAACAAAAAAUGGUCAUCUCGUCUGAAGACGGCACUUCUCGCGAAGUCGCCGCCAUCCCCAAGGCCUCCGUACAGCGGCCUUCGCGACCCAAGACGUACUGUAAAUAUUGCAAUGAGCAGCCUGACGGCUUCCACGGCGAGCACGAGCUGAGACGACAUGUCGAGCGCGUGCAUGCCGUGGUCCGCAAGGUCUGGGUCUGCGUCGACAUCUCGCCAGACAAGCGAUUUCUCGCAAACUGCAAAGCCUGUCGCAACGGCAAGCGCUACGGCGCCAACUAUAAUGCUGCGGCGCACUUGCGCCGCACCCACUUCAACCCCUGCCAGCGCGGCCGCGGCGGGCGAGGCAAAGACAGCGAAAAACGCGGUGGCAAAGGCGGCGGCACCACGCCGUCCAUGGAUGUGCUGAAGCACUGGAUGGAGCAGCGCGAAGAGAUCGUCGUCGACAACGCCCGCAUCCUUCUUGACAAUGACAUCUCGCCCGAAGAGGCUGUGCUUCUGGGCAGCCGACGCAUCUCCGACACCCCCAGCGCCGCUGAGAUCAGCGACGACCACCAGUCACCUCCCGAGUCGCCGCCCAUGGCCGCGACCACGCUUGACAACAACAAUGAUAACACCAACGCCUCGACGCCCGCUGAAGAGCCGCUCGACAUCGCUCACGACUUCCCGUUUGAGCUUGACGAUUUCUCCCACUCGCCGCUGCACUGGGACGGCAACCCGGCUAGCGGGUACGAAGGGUUUGAUGUUGUUGCGUCUUCUUCGAAUCUGUUCGAUUCGUCUUGUUUUGAUCCUACUGCUGCUUUCAUCCCACCCCAGCCCAUGAGUGCUGAAGUUGGAUCGUAUAUUCCUAUCAUGAUGUAG